UCUGAUACACUGUUUGCAACUGAAACUUUCAGAAUUGGGGAUACAACUUGCACAGAGUUAUUAGAGAACAUAAAAUGUUAUUUUGUGGUCUUCUGCUCUUCGGAACUGUGACGUGUUCAGCGCUGAAAAGACCACGAUAUGGAAUCAUCACAUCCCCCAAUUUCCCCAAAACGUACCCAAAUAACAACCACAGCACCUGGAACAUUGCUGUCCCUGAAGGAUACCACGUGUCUCUGAAUUUCCUGGUGUUUUACCUGGAACCAUCGGACGGAUGUAGCUAUGACUAUGUGACGGUGUGGGCCGACAAGAAGGAAAUGGGACGAUUCUGUGGUCCCAUAAAGUCCAGGUCCCACCCAGGCCGUCGCCUCUUUGUCUCUCAAGGAAACCAAAUGAAGAUUGAACUUCAGUCAGAUUUCUCUAAUGAGGAAAAUGGCACCACCAUCCUGUACCCAGGCUUCCAGGCUUACUACCAGGCAGUGGACAAUGAUGAGUGUUCCAUCCAGAAUGAUAACAGCAUUACCUGGACCCCACCAUGCCAGCACACCUGUCAUAACUAUGUAGGAGGUUAUUUCUGCUCCUGUCUCCCAGGGUACAAGCUACAGAGCGACCAGAAGUCCUGCAAAGUGGAAUGUAGCGAUGAGUUGUUUACAGAGGAGACCGGAGUCAUCUCCAGCCCAGGAUACCCCCAGCCCUACCCAGCUGACCUCAACUGCACGUACAGAAUUCGCCUGGAGAAAGGUCUCCACAUCUCACUCAGCUUCCACAAGACCUUUGAGAUUGAUGACCAUCCGCGAGCUUUAUGUCCUUAUGAUACACUGAAGGUUUUUGCAGGUGGCUCACUGAUAAAUAGCUACUGUGGGCGCCGCUCGCCCGGGAAAAUCAGCACGCAGAGUAACGAGGUGGACAUAGUAUUCCAAACUGACGAAUCCGGAGACAGCAGAGGUUGGAAGCUGCACUACACAUCAGAAGCUGUGAAGUGCCCAGACCCUGUCGCCCUGGAUGAAUUCUCCAUUAUAAGUCCAAAGCUGAAUGCAUACAGAAUGCGAGAUUACAUUGUAGUGUCCUGCCGGACAGGGUAUAGACUGAUGGAGAACGGCAAAGAGCUGCGCAGUUUCACCUCCCUCUGCCGUAAGGAUGGCAUCUGGCAUCGCCCGAUGCCCCACUGUGAAAUUGUGAGCUGUGAGAGUCCACAGACGCUGCGGAACGGUCAGCACACUUUCCUGACUGAGACCGACAAACUGACGUACCUGUCCACCAUUACCUACAGCUGUACUGAGCACUUCUACAAAAUGGUGACUCAUACAGGAAGUGCUACGUUCACUUGUUCAGAGGAUCGAGUAUGGGAGGAUGAGAACGGGGGACGUCAAAUACCGAUGUGUGUUCCAGUUUGUGGGAGGCCUCUCAGUUCUUUGGUAGAACUUAGCCGUAUCAUCAAAGGUGACAAAGCUGCUCCUGGUAAUUUCCCGUGGCAAGUUUUAUUGAAGAAAUCAGGGCAUGGUGGUGGCGGGGUGCUGAUCGGAGAGCGCUGGGUGAUGACGGCCGCGCACGUCUUGAGACCGCAGAAUCCUGAAUCUGGAGAGAAUGAAGAUGCUACAGACCUGCACCUUUUUGUUGGAGAUAUAAAUUCUGAGAGUCUAAUUGAAAAAGGCACUUUACUUGUGAAGGGGGUUCACGUGCACCCCGAUUACACUGUACGCAGCCACAAUAAUGACAUAGCUCUGAUCGAGCUGCGAGAUCCCGUCACUAUGGAUAAGAAUGUGUCUCCCAUUUGUCUCCCGGAAAAAAGUGAUGAAGACUUGUAUGAAUCCGGCUUAUUAGGUUAUGUGAGUGGGUUUGGGAUUACGGAGAGAAACAGAAUCUCCGAUGAAUUGCGCUAUGUGAAGUUGCCCGUGGUUCAGAGGAACAAAUGUCAACAGUAUUUAGACAAAAAGCAAAGGGAACCGAAGGCCGCAGACAAAAUUAAAUCAGAAAAGUUCACAGAGAACAUGUUCUGUGCUGGUUUCCCUGAAAUUAGAGGUCAGCAGCAGCAAGACUCCUGUCAGGGAGACAGUGGAGGUCCAUUUGCCGUCCCGAACAAUGACACUUGGGAGCUCACAGGUCUCGUGUCCUGGGGCAUUGGCUGUGGGAAAGGGUAUGGGUAUUACACCAAAGUCAACAGUUAUAUUGAUUGGAUUGGAGGCUACUUAGGGAGAUGAUACCAGGAUUUAAAGGCACUCAAAAGUCAACUAAAAUAAUUCUUAAAAAAUAUGCUUUAACAAUGCUUAAUUUGUGCCUAGUGCUGGCGGAAACAUAGGUUAGACAUAUAUUAUGCCAAUGUCACCCACUUCGUGCCAUUAAACAAUAUACCCCAGCUAUUGUAUUGCAAAAUUAUAAUCAAACCUACAUAAGACUCACAGGAGGGUGCUCACAGGACAAAGGGGAUUAUGGGACAGAGAUGAUAAUAAAGUCUAUGUAACAGUGAGCUGUAAAAUCAGACUUUACAGCUGCACAGAAAAUAAGUAUAUUCAUAUGGAUAUAUUUCCAGAUUAGACCAUCACACCAGCAAAAUAGACAGAGAUUCCUUGAGCUGUGGUAAGUCUAUUAGACUCUAAGGGGUCUAUUCAAUUAGAGUCGGAAUUUCCAACAAGUCGGAAAUACGGCUCUCAUACGACACCCCCUAUUCAAUUACAGGCGUGUCUGACAGCUUUUUUAUCCUUUUUCGACAAUGCCGAUUCAACUUUUUUUUUCAAGUCGAAUUGGCAUUGGUGAAAACGGGCCGAAAAACUGUUGGAAACGCCCGCAAAUUCAACAAUAAACCUGGAUCCGCAGCUAAUCCGACAAUCCAUGUGUUUUCCGAUAAGUCGGAUUUUUCGACAAGUCGGAAAAAUGGCACUGGAUUCGACCUAAAAAAGUCGAAAAGUGCCUUUUUUCUGACUUCAUAGGAAUUCCGACACUAAUUGAAUAGACCCCUAAGGGGGAGAUGAACUAAGCAGUGAAAAAGAGGGGAGAAGUGAAUCAGUGGAGACGUUGCCCAGGGCAACCAAUCAGCAUUGAGGUAACAUUUGCUGUAUAAUUUGCAUGCUAUAAAUAUAUACAGAGCAGCUGAUUGGUUGCCAUGGGCAACUUCUUCACUGGCUCACUUCUCAUCAAUAUGGUAUUUUUCCUGCAAUAUUCUGUUGAUUUUGCUUUUCAGAGAUUUAGUAAAGGCAAACCUGCAUGGAAUUCACAUAAAAAAAAAGUAAUAGAUGGCAUUAGACAUUCGGACCAAACAUCGAAUCCUUGUCAUCGACAGCAAUACAAAUCCUGGAUUUUCCUGAGCAUCCCGUUGUUAAAACCUAUAGAACCCUCACAAUAUAAGAAACAGACAACCAAGGGAUCUAAUUACUAAGCUUUGGAGAGAGAGAAAGUGCAGAGAGAUAAAGUACAAGCCAAUCAGCUCCUGUCAUGCUACAGGCUCUUUGAAAAGAGUGUAGAAGUGUGCCUGUCGAGAAGUUUCCCAUGGCAACCAAUCAGCUGCUACGUAUCAUUUUAUGGGAUGCACUUGACAAAUGUUACUUAAAAGCUGAUUGGUUGCCAUGGACAACUUCUCCACUGGCUCAGUUCUCUGCUCUUCAUUGAUUCAUACAUCUCCACCUAUGUACUAAGCCCUGGAGAGAGAUAAAGUGGAUGGAGAUAAAGUACCGGCCAAAUCGCUCCUAUCUGCCAUGUUACAGGCUGUGUUUGAAAAAUAACAGGAGCUGAUUGGCCGGUACUUUAUCUCUCUAAAAGGUUUACUACAUAGACCCCAAAGUACCAGCCAAUCAUCUCCUGUCAUUUUUCAAACACAGCCUGUAACAGGACAGUUAGGAGCUGCUUGGCUGGUAACCUCACUUCAAGGCUUAGUAAAUAGACCCCAAUCAAUGGCAGGUUUGGGUGUAAAAAAGGCCUUCAAUUCAACCUCCAUUCAACCUUAUUCAUGAUACAAAUAUAAGGGGACUAAACCUCCUGCAGCAAUGUUGGUGCACCCAAUAUGGAAGAACCAGUCUUCUUGGGUGUGAUGAACACUUAUCUAAGAUACUCAUGCCCUUUCAGAGGUUCAUAAAAUGCAUGGGUCUUCAAACUGCGGCGCUCCGGCUGCGGUGGAACUGCACAUCCCAGCAUACCAUGCCACAGUGCAUGCUAAAACUGAGGCAGGGCAUGCUGGGAUGUGUAGUUCUACAGCAGCUGGAGUGCCACAGGUUGAAUACCUAUGUCAUAAAUGCAAGGGGAAACCAAACAAAUAGAUAGAUAGAUAGAUAGAUAGA